AGCCGACGACGCACUCAUCAAAUCAACCGGAGAAGCAAAGCUAUAGAUCUACUAUCUCCUUCACAGUUGCUUUCAGAGAUGUAUAAUAACAUGGGACCCCAGCCUGGAAUGCCAAUGCCUCAGGCUAAUCCUCAGCCUAGCCCAUUUGGGAAUCCGUUCUCUGGACCUGGCUCUGGACUUAUCCGGAGUGGCUUGGGUGCUUAUGGGGAGAAGAUUUUCGGAUCUAGCUCUGAGUAUGUGCAGAGCAACAUAAGUCGCUACUUCUCCGAUCCCCAAUACUAUUUUCAAGUGAAUGACCAAUAUGUGAGGAACAAGUUGAAGAUUGUUCUACUUCCAUUCCUUCACAGGGGACACUGGACUAGAAUAUCAGAACCAGUUGGGGGUAGACUUUCAUACAAGCCCCCGAUAUACGACAUAAAUGCACCAGACUUAUACAUUCCGCUUAUGGCCUUUGGGACUUACGUUGUUCUUGCUGGUUUGUCACUAGGACUCUAUGGGAAGUUUACUCCAGAAGCUCUCAAUUGGCUUUUUGUGAAAGGAAUGGUUGGCUGGUUUUUGCAAGUCAUGCUGCUGAAGAUAACAUUGCUUUCACUUGGAAGCGGAGAAGCACCCCUCUUGGAUAUUGUGGCAUAUGCAGGCUAUACUUUCACGGGCCUUUGUCUAGCUGUUCUUGGCAAGAUAAUCUGGGGAUACUCUUACUAUGUUUUGAUUCCGUGGACCUGCUUAUGCACCGGGGUUUUCUUAGUGAAGACAAUGAAGCGAGUUCUCUUUGCAGAAGCUAGGAGUUAUGACUCAAGCAGGCAUCACUACCUCUUGAUCUUUGUGGCUUUAGCCCAGUUUCCACUUUUGAUCUGGCUUGGUAACAUUAGUGUGAAUUGGCUCUUUUGAAACACAUUACGUUUACAUUGUUGUGAAAAACACCUCUGAGGUUAUGUAGCAGAAUUUGGAAUGUCCUCCUGAUGGAUAUAUGGUAGUUGAGCUUUUUUGGUUUAGACUUCUGUAUGUCAAACAUCAAUAUGGUGAAAGAAAAGUGUUAUCUCAAA